GUCUAUCACAAGAGUUUACAAUCCUCAUACUAUCACUUAUUAAAACUAUAAACUCAUCAUAAAUUCAUCUACUGCGCCAUCAUGUCAGGCAAUGCCCCGAACGGAUAUAGCGAUUGGGUCGUACUACAUCUCAUCAAUAGCAUGAUGACAGCUCCGAUCGAAAUCAAAAGUGCCUACUUAAAGCACGGCAAAUUUCACCAAAUGGGCAACAAAGAUGUAGAAAUUUCUCCUGAAACCAUAAACACAUACAUCAUUCCCCCUAACACUGCGAUGGAUAUCGCAUCAUGUGGCCGACAUUCUGCAUUGUACGGCACCGAAGGCAAUGUAGAGAUCUGGGCUGAAGGAACCAAGAUUUGCAAAUUGUUUUGGAGUGAUCCUUAUUCAGGAGACAAUGAUUUCCAACUCCUGGAUUAUAAGAUGGGCCCAGGCUCCGUGUACGUUGUCUCGGUUGGAGAGUGGAAUAGGAGCGGGGGAAGUCUCGGGAAUGUCCAUGUGGAGAUCGCAAAGAAGGGUUAGAUGGAAACCCUUUCCUCGCAUUUUUUGAUGCAGAAAAGAAUCAGAGGAUGUAAUUUUGCAGAUCAGAAGUCAUAUUGAUCUUAGCCUACAAUAUAACUCGAGAGAUUUUCCCUCCUAUAGAGAGGUUUCUCUUGAUUUUGAAAAUCAACUACUUGA